AUGUCGAUGACCUUGAGCAAGCGUGACCUCUUGACCCAGAUGGUAUCGCAGACGAAACAACAUCGUCAACAGAUCAGGAGUCUGGAGAACGAGCUGGAGCGCCUUCGGUCGGGAGACGUGCUCAACAAGUGCGAGAUCGCCGCCGCGGACGUGGAGUGGCGCCCUGGAGACGUGGUGGGCGAGGGGUCCUUCUCCACCGUGUACCGAGGACACUACUGCGGGACGGACGUGGCGGUGAAGGAGCUGAAAUUCAAGCUCUCGCAGGACGACAAGAAUUACUUCCGCUCCGAAGCUGCUCUCCUACAGCAGCUGCACCACCCGCGAGUCGUCCUUAUGAUGGGCGUGUGCACGACCGCUGCACGACCUUUCAUGCUCCUGGAGUACCUGGCGGGUGGGACGCUCUACAACCUCAUUCAUAAUUCCCCGCGUGACAAGCUGGACCACGCGGCUUACUUUGUGGUGGCGAAAGACGUGGCUCAAGGCAUGAACUACCUCCACAAACACGAACCUCAGGUUCUCCACUUAGACCUUAAGUCCAUGAACGUGCUCCUCGAUUCGUACUACCGGGCCAAGAUCGCAGAUUUCGGCUUCUCCAUCCUGAAGCGGUCUCGCGCGGGGUCGCCGGCUCAGCGUGGCUCUAUCAGAGGCACACCUGCUUGGAUGGCACCAGAACUCCUGACGAAGGGAGACGUAUCUGCCAAGUGUGAUGUAUACAGUUACGCCAUCAUCCUGUGGGAGAUGUUGACGGCUAGCCACCCCUUCAGAGGCUUAGAUAUAUUCCAGAUUAUGGAAACCAUUGAAUCGGGCGGCCGUCCCCACCUCCCUGUCGCCGGAGUGUCGCGGGAACUAAAGGAGCUAAUUACCUCCUGCUGGGCUCAAAAUCCUUCCCUGAGGCCGAGCUUUGAGGAAAUCCUUGGAGCACUGGACUCUGCCGCGGUCCCCACCUCCUGGCGUGGAGUCCUGCAGAAUGCUAACAUCGGCCCGUCUUUACUUGCUGAUGUUGGUGCUGCUAGAACUAUCAUUGGAGUUGUAGAGGAAAGUGUGGAAUUGAUACGGCGGCAGUUGCAGCAGCAGAGAGCGAUCAGAAAUAACGAAAUAGAUAACUUACCCAGAGACCGCCACAUUCCGGAGGUCCUUGAGGCGAUGGGUAUGGGGACGUCUGAUCCUGCCCGCUACCGCCCAGCGCGAGACGACGCCUCCCGCUCCCCGCCGAACGUCUCCCCGACCCGCCGCCUCUCGCCAGCGCGACGCUCAUCUCCCAGCAGACAGCCUCGUCCGCGGGAAGUCCUCGCUCCUCCUCAGCCCACGACCCGCAGUCCAGACCGCGGGCGGCAGCGGGAAUUGGUGCCAAGGGACGAGGGCCGGCGCCGAUCGCCGGACAAGAUGUCUCGUCCCCCCGUCAGCGACUCCGGCAGAAGGGUAGCGAGUCGAGAUCACAGUAUAGACCAGCGCGUGCCUCGGCAGGGAGUCAGUAGCGAGCGCGGCAGAGGGCGGCGCGGCGAGAGCAAAGAGCGAGGCGAUAGACGGCGCAGCGACAGGCGCAGCCCGGACAAGGAGCGAGACAGAGGAAGCCGAGAGCGAGAGAUAAGGACUAAGAAGGAACGCGGCUGGAAUCAGGGGCGAGACACGCGGGAUCGGCGGCAGGAGAGCAGAGACCGCGACAGCAGCAAAGUCCGAGACGGCCGCGAGCGACGGGACGACAGGCGGGCCAACAGGCCGCGCCGAGAACCCAAACAGAUCGUGGAGAGAAGCAGGAAUUUCAAGCAAAUGUACUCGCGCGACAGACGAGCCGCCAGCCUGGAAACCAGCGACGAGCGAGACCGCCGCUCAAGCAGCAACGAGAGGCGCUUCAGCAGCACCGACAGACACUCGGAACUCCGACGGGAAAUCCGAUACAAGAAACCAUAUAACCGCGAGCGCCAGCUGUCCGGCGACAAGAGAGCGCGGCUGAAGCGCCAGACCGAGAGUCGCGAGCGGCUGGCCGACAGUAGAGACAGCCUGGGCGAGAGUCCCAACGAAUCGUGGACGAGCCUGGAGGGCAGCAGCUCCGGGGGUUCCAACCACGUCCUGGACGAACCAGAGGACCCGCGACUCGAAAAGCGCGAUAGGAGGUACUCUUCCAGCCCGAGGCGACGCUCUCCAGAACGCAGCAGGUACUCCCCUAGUCCGCGAAGUCCCGAGCGCAGGCGCUCCUCGGACCGCCACCUAGACGCGGACUUCCGCCACAGCCCCGAAAGGUGGCCGCGAUCGUCCCGCAGUCCCCAGCGACGGCCCCGAGCUCGGUCGCCAGAGGUGCGCAGGGCAGAGUCCGGGUCGCGCGUCGGGCCUUUGGUCGUGACUUCGGAGCAGCUGUUGAGUCAGAAGCAGAGGCUGCGACCCGUCCGACCCGCGGCGCUCUCUGACCUGACUCACAUCCCCGAACACUCGCUCAACGACAUUUCCCUCAUCCUCAAGACGGCCAUCACGAAGAGACGCGAUGCCUUUGACGAGGCUCUUAGCGGCAGGGACUCGUACCGCUCGGACGAUAUGGACUGGUCCGACUGGCACUGACAGCCUAGCGGUGGACUUGGUUUAAAAUGAAAGGUGAUACAGCGCGGCUUUAUCUGUGCAGGGUAAAAGUUCUGCAGACGAUAACUACGACAAAUCACUUCCAGAAGCCAGACUGAUUUCUUUUUUUUUUUACAAAAUGCGUAUUUUCUUUGUACACAAUAACGUUCCUUUGCAUCUCCCAAAGGAACAUUAAAAAAAAUGAAUUAAAACUGUAUCCUUCAUAAUGUAAUAUAAAAUGAUUAUGUAGUUAGCUUUUGAUACCAGUGUACUGAUUUGCUCGUUGUGCAUGUAUAUAAUAUAAAUAUAGAGAGCUCGAGGGAAGAUCUAUUUUGAUACCGAAACAUCUUCACGGAGCAAGAAGGCCAGUAGCUAUUUGCAUAUUGGCUCGUUAUUCACUUUUUAGUAACUGGACCAUGAGUUCCAGCAAAAUCACAUUCCCUAUGGUUAUAUUUUUCUUAAUGUAUUUUUAUGACCGGAACCAAAUGUUUUAUUCUUUUGUGUAUAUAUGCGUGGAAAAUGUACGGCAAAAUAAUUUCCACAUUUCUAUGGUGCGUGAGAUUCUGCGCCCGUGUAAGUAAAGUGCUGUGUGUUUGAAUAAGAAAUCCUACAAUACCACAAAGUGAAAUGAAAAUACCCAUUAAUCUAAACAAUUUUCAGCGAUUUUUUGGGAGCUAGCGAUGUUCUUUGUAAAAGCACGUACAGUUGUGUGUUCUGUGGUGGCCUCUUUGUGCAUAUCCUAGAGUUAUGUACAGUUGCAAGAGGCCAUCCGUAAGUUACGCUGAACUUGCUUUGUUGUCCAAAGCAAAGUAGCAGCAUGACUGACUGAGAGGACUGUGUAUUUUCUAAGCAAUAUUUUAAGGCCGGCGAAAAGUCAGGCUACCAAUGUUAAAACUUUGGGUACUUUAC